CCGCAGCUCUGAGGACUGUCCCCGGAUGAUUAUUUCUCCACCUCUGCAGGAUUAUUUUCAUCAUCAUCACUAACUGAAGAAGAAGAUGGAUACUUACGUUUUGAUUUCCGUGUUAUCAGUGAUGUGCUCGUGGAGUCUGUGCACAGUUCUCUCGUCUCCAGUCGGAGAGAACCCCGCAGACUCCCGCAGCGUCUCCCGGGGGAGACAUGUGCGCACCAAGCGCUGCUCCUGCGACACGUUCCUGGACAAGGAGUGCGUGUACUUCUGCCACCUGGACAUCAUCUGGGUCAACACACCUGAGCGCGUGGUCUCUUACGGACUGGGCAACGCUCCGAGGACGAAGCGCGCGCUGCAGGACUCCAAGACAGCCGGGAGCGCGCCUCGCUGCCGGUGCGUGCGUGAGAACGACAGCACGUGCAGCAGCUUCUGUCAUCAGGACAACCUGCAUCUCAGGUCUCAGACGUCGCAGGAAACCUCGAUCCCCACGGAACACAAGCCGGCAGCUGACAGGAGCAGGAUUAAGAGGUGGAACAAGAGCCACGAGAAACAGGUGUCGGCCGCCGCGCUCAGGGUCGCUUUGAAAACCCGCCUGCUGCUGGAGGAGUGGAGGGUGAGGCGGCGCCACAGGGCGAGGGCGAGGGAGGGCGAGAGCACGGCCCCCUAAAGACCACAUGUCACCUCCACACCUUGUAACUCAGAGGGGGGAAAGGCUUCCGUGAACCCACGGGCCCUUCUCCUCAGCCGUCUGCAAGCAGGGGCCCCUCGGCAGGGCCUCCGGAGAGCCCGACGCCAGGCCGGCGAGCUGUCUCCAGGUCGACCUCAGGGCUCCGGGGGUCAGAGGUCGUCUGCGGCAGAGCAGAGGGUCGCUCUACACACUCGGCCUCGUCCGACAGAUGGGCGAGGUCGGAGACACCACGGGGAGAGGACGGACGCGAGCUGGACACAGUCUGUGGAGUCCAGGACGUUCGCGGGGCCUCUCCAGGACACCCGGUCAAAUAGCAUUUCAAAAACACUUGACUUCACCGGAGGGAUUCAACCGGAAUCCCCCCCCCCCACUGGUCACGGAGAAUCCCUGGCAGUUCUACUUCUUCUAUUUCAAAAUGAAAAAACCUUCAAGACAUUUUCUCAGCGACUGAAUCUAUUUAACCGCGUUUCUAUGUAACAGUCCCGAGGACAGAGCGGCUGCCGGGAGUUUAUCACAGACGUCUUUGUCGUUAUUUAUGAUGUGAAAUGAUGUUUACGUGUGUUGUUAUUUAUUAUUUAUUCUUUGUGCAUCUCGUUUGGUUGAUUUCUAUGAAAUCUGUCAUCGUCAAGUUGCCAUAU